UUGUCUGCAGAAACCUCCCUGCAGCCUGACUUGAACAUUGCCCCAUCGAUGGUUGUACGUGCAGGCUGCCUCUCCCAACUACACUAUACGAUCCGAAUGAGUUACUGGAGAGGCUUUCGACUCAAGCCUCCAUCCGCCAUUUUCAGCAGAUUGAAAGCAGGUAGAGCAAAAAAUCACAAGUCCCCGGUCAAAUAAAGCAGAGUCCAUGUGAAAAACUGCCCUUUGUGGAGGCCCACUUGAAAAAGGUGUUGGAAGUCAUGGCUAUCACCGGUGGGACGGUGGAAACGCUUGAUGAAAUUCCACCCCAUGUGUGGAAAGGCUUGCCUGACAGUUUGAGCCUGGGAACUUCUGCGAUUAAUCCAAGCCGAAUUGGUGUGUGGGCCACUCGAGUCAUUCCGAAAGGCAAGAGGUUUGGCCCAUUUGUUGGAGAGAAGAAAAAAAGGUCUCAAGUGACCAGUAAUGUUUACAUGUGGGAGGUUUAUUUCCCAGCAAGGGGCUGGAUGUGUGUCGAUGCCACAGACCCCAUGAAGGGGAACUGGCUGCGUUAUGUAAACUGGGCUCACUCCACUCAAGAGCAGAACCUCUUCCCCCUGGAGAUCAACCGGGCCAUUUACUACAAAGUUUUAAGGCCUAUCGGGCCGGGAGAGGAGCUGCUGGUGUGGUACAGUGGGGAAGACAACCCUGAGAUAACAGCUGCACUAGAGGAAGAAAGAGUCAGCAGCCUGAGCAAGAAAAAUUCACCCAGGGCAAAACGAGCAGUCAGGAGAAAGCUGCUGGAGAGAGCCAGACAGGCUGGUUUGGGUGGAUUCAAGCAAACAAGUGGAACUCAACCUAUUAUCAAAGAGAUGUGGGAUGGGGAGGAAGGUCCUAAGGAGGAGGAUGGGAGGCCAUCAUGCCUAGGGCCCUCACAGGCACCCCAGGAACCUCAUCCCAUGGGAAGUGCUGACCACACAGAUGUACAGGAUACAUCGGUGGUUAUGACCGACAGGGAUGAUGGGGAGGGGGAAGAAGAGGAGGAAGACGAGGAGGAGGAUGCUGAUGAGGCCGAUGAGAUGGAGGAUCCAGGUGAACUACAACAGCUGCUACCCAUGCAAACUAGUCAUUCAUCUGUGGCUGAUUCAGUGCAAAAUAAGCAGUCUGAUCUAUUGCUGACCCAUGGUGAUACUGGUGAAGAGAGCCCUAGGGAUCUGCAAGUUGAGACCGAGUCUUCCUUGCUUCCAGGGCAAGAGCCAGAGGUUGAUCCUGAUCUUGACCUUGACCCUGAUCCUGAUGGUGACCUUGAAGGUGACUCGCAUGGAGAGUCCCAUCCUUGUCAGCACUGUGAGCGCCACUUCUCCACUAAACAGGGCCUGGAGCGCCACAUACAUAUUCAUGCCAUUGCUAACCAGCAAACACAUGUGUUCAAGUGUCGCUACUGUGGUAAAUCCUUUGGGUCACAGGUGGGUCGGCGGCGGCAUGAGAGAAGGCAUGAGAGUGGGCCUAAGAAAAGGCCGGGUUCCCUGGCAGGGGCAGCCAAUCUACUAAGUCCUGUGGUGCAGACUGAUGGUUCAAGCCCUGACUGUACCAGCCCAACAAGUCACAACAUAGCCAUAGGGUCUCAGUUUCCAGGGGGACUUUUGCACAACUCUGAGGUGAUGAGAAAAGAGUUGGGACCCCAUGCUGACCGUCCUUUUUUAAUGGAUGAAAAUGGGGAGUCAAAGGAGCUCCAUCCUUGCAAGUACUGUAACAAGGCGUUUGGCACACACACAAACAUGCGCCGCCACCAGCGCAGAAUACAUGAACGUCACUUGCUACCAAAGGGUGUUCGCAGGAAAGGCAUGCUGCUGCAGGAAGCAUCAGUACAGCAACAACAGCAACCACCUGAUGGAUCCCCCAGUACAAGCCCUCCACCUGUUUAUGUGCCCAGUGCUGACACAGAAGAUGAGGCGGACAGGGAUGAUUAUGUAGUUGACAUAUCCAAAAACAUCUCUGAGAAUUUAAGUUUCUACAUUGAUGGCAAGAUCCUGUCGACCAGUUCAGUCAGCAGCUGUGAAGUGAUAGAAGUAGACUCUAGAUCUGCUGCAUUAUUUGGUCUUGACACAGUAAUAAUCAGCCCAAAUCAGAUUAGUCAGACACUCAAGGUGGAGAGUAGAGCCAAUGCUGUGAAGCAGGUCUCCAAUAUAGGCCAGCCAACAUCAAAAAGGAGAACAUCUACACCCCCACUUGUUCCCAGCCUCAAAAUGGAGACAGAAACAGGAUCUUCCACUGCCUCUUCCUCUUCUUCUUCAUCCUCCACAUCAUCCUCAUCUAACUUGUUAGUGGGAGGACUGUUUCCCCAAGCCACAGAUUCAUCAGCAUUUCAAAAGGAGAAAACUGUCUAUCUCUCCCCUAAGCUCAAACAGCUCCUACAGACACAGGACAUUCAGAAGUCUACCAUUGCCCUGAUAGCAGAAAGCCAUAGACUGGCCUCCCCACUGUCAGUCACGCCACUGCCAGGGGUUUCAGGCAGGUUUAAGAGGAGAACAGCCUCUCCUCCCUCUUCUCCGCAGCUCAGUCCUACACAGAAAGCCGAGAACUGUAAAGCUGAGGUGGGGAGCUCAUACACCCUAAAGGUGCCAAAGCUCGAAAGCCAGAGUGUGUCCCCUGCAGGGAGCCUUCUGGGUAAGGACAACGGGGACACACUGAGCCCUUCUGGAAAGGACAUGCGCAGCCAGCCUGCCUCUAGUAGCGGGGGGAAUUCCUGUAAUCAGCAGCCGUUGGACCUGUCCAGCUCUGUCAGCAGGAGAAAUGACAGCUUGAACAAGGUGCUUGGGGAUUCGGCUCUUGAUUUAAGCAUGCAUCGGAAGAGUGCAGUCGAGCCAGAGUCCAAGGGAAGUCCAGCACCACAGCCUCUGAUCAAGAAGAGGAAGCCUAACACCAGCAUGCUGGAGAAAGUGCUGAUGAAUGAGUAUGUAGGUCUGACCUCAGCAGCAGAGGAGGGCCCCUCUUCCUUGGCAAGCCCUGGUAGUUUUCAGUCUCUCUCUCCAAACAUGUCAUCAGAGACUGCCCACCCCUCUCCACCCUCUCUAACCCCCGUGACUAUGAACCCCUCCUCACCUGGCACCUCCAGUAUGACAUCCCCAACACCACCGCCCCCUGUACUACCUACCAUACCCUCUCCUCCAGAUAUGCCUAGCUCUCCACUUUCUCAGCCGUCUGAUAGUUCUGCAUUGAGACCUCUCCCUGUCCUCUCACCCAAAAUGUCUCCGAGAUCGGUUGAGCACAAGCCCCUGUCGGACACAGAGGAGAUGCCUUUACCUAAAGAAAGUCAAGAAGAAGAGAAGAACCAUAUCCCCCAGCCACUGGACUCCCCUCACACUCCAGUCAAUAGUUCAAGUACACCAAGUCCUUCUGAGCCCACAUCAGUAGAUCUGCCCUCAGCAGAGGCUGAUGUUCCUCUGACUAUGAAUAGCAACAGUCUGCUAAACGGCAAAUUGAGCCGAGACCUUGAUUCAAUAACAGAGGGGUCCCAGGGCUCUGACUUGGCUGUUGUAUUAUCCCAGCCAGAAUCCCCAUCUGCCUCUUCAGUGUCUCCUCCUCAUUUAUCACAUGAUCCAUCUCCAUCACCGGUGUUGCCACCUCUCACUCACAUUGCAAUAAAGGAAGAGCCCCACCACAGCACAGACGAGUUGUCAGAUAUGAACCACACACUUCAUGAUGGUGUUGACUCCUCACCUCAAGCUGCUGUUGCUGAUAAACCCUCAGAGGUAGAGGAGGCCGACUCUGAAACAUACUGCAAGACGUUUGUGUGUAAUGUCUGUGAAGAGCCAUUCCGCUCCAUCAAAGAACUCAGCGGGCACAUCACAGAGCACGCUGUGGAUUGGCCGUUUAAGUGUGAGUUCUGUGUGCAGCUUUUUGGUGAAGCCCCGGCCCUCCUGGCUCACCGAACAGCCUUACAUGGGGUGGGUAGGAUCUUUGUGUGUUCCGUUUGUUCAAAGGAGUUCGCCUUUCUCUGUAACCUCCAGCAGCACCAAAAGGACCUGCAUCCAAACCAGACAUGCACACACACCACUGUAGAGAGUGGUAAGCUUAGGCCGCAGAAUUACACAGAUCCAUCCAGAGCCAAGGAGGAAAGUAGUCCACCAUCACCAGCCCCAGAAACUUUGGAUGAAGCUGCCUCACAUAGUGUCUCUGAUUUAACAGAAGAGCCUGAUGUCAAUGGUAAACAUGUAGAUGAAGGUCAGGAGGACCCCACCGAGGAGCUGUACACUACAAUAAAGAUAAUGGCAUCAGAGGGAGGGAAGCCUAAAGCCCCUGAUGUACGCCUUGGCAUUAAUCAACACUACCCGAGUUUCAAACCGCCCCCAUUUCCCUACCACAGCCGUUCCCAUGCUGGCUCCGUGGCCUCUGCUACCAACUUUACUACACACAACAUACCACAGACUUUCAGCACUGCCAUUCGCUGCACUAAGUGUGGCAACAGUUUUGACAACAUGCCCGAGCUGCACAAACACAUAUUGGCCUGUGCCAAUGCUAGUGAUAAGAAGCGUUACACUCCCAAGAAAAACCCCAUCCCCCUCAAGCAAAUAGUGAAGCCUCAGAAUGGAACUUUGUCACCUUCAGCAGCCGGUGCAGGCCAAAAUGCUUUCCGUAGAAUGGGUCAGCCUAAGAGACUCAAUUUUAAUCAAGAGCCCUCUGGUAAAAUGAAAAUGAGUGCCCUCAGUAAGAAGAAAAAUCAGCUAGUCCAGAAGGCUAUUUCACAGAAAAAUAAAACUACUACUGCAAAGAGGGCUUCCAUUAAGGUUGAAGAGGAGCAGCAACAUAAUGUCUGUCCCCACUGUCGUCGGGAGUUUACCUAUCCUGCAAGUCUCAGUAAACAUAUGACAGUCAGCUGUCCCAUGAAGCCUGUUGUUAAAAAGGGCAAGAGAGGUCUAGUAGAGGUGAAAAAAGAAGCAACAUCUAUGGUAGAUAAAAACAUGAACCUGAGGAGAAAAGCCUCAGACUAUGAAAUCCAGCCGGCAGAACCAGAACCCAAACCCCUGGGAAAGACUAGGGCUCGCAGCUCUGGUACUGCAGAGCAUGAGACUGCACAGACAAGCAAAGGAAAAACUGCUGCUACAUUUGGCCGAAUUAAGAGGCCCGCCUCAUUCCCAGCUUCCCCAGCAUCUCCUAGAAAAAAAUAUAAAAAGGGCCAAGCUCAGUCUUUACCUCCCACCCCAUCGUCCUCUGACACUCCCAGUGACACUGCACAGCGACCAGCCAUGAGAAUGCAACGCAUGGGCAAGGUGGCAGUACCUAAGAGGGUAGCAGAUGCCAAAUCACCACCGCAGCAGUCAAAGAAAGAGGAGCGGUUCUCUCUCCGAACAAGAGAGAGAGUGGGUGGUCCGGUCACCAGAAGCUUACAGAUGGCCAAUACAGUUGCUUGUGUGGAAGUGAAAACUGAGGAACCUCCCAUCCAAGAGCCAAAAGAAACUCAGGAGUUGCUGAUGAAGUGAGCUUUGAGGACAUUGUCGAGAUAUUCCUGGGAAUGCGGUGCUCACCUCUCAGGAGAUGCUCUGGACUAAUCAAGGCACUGACAGCACUGAGGUGGACCUUUUUGGGUGGGCUUAUUCACUCAAAACAAGUGACGUCUCCUAUCUCAGAUGCCUCGCUGGCAGUUAAGAGGGAACACUCUUCAUCUUCCUUCUGUCUUUUGAACUGAGCCUCGAUUUUAGCCAGCCCUGCAAAAAAAGGAAAAAAAAAAGAACUGUAAAUGACAAUGAGUUAAUAUAUACAAUGUGUCAUUACUUGACCCAAAACAGUAACAUUAGGGUUCCGUUAUGUUUGAUAGCUGAUAAAUUGCAAAUGGCAAUCAAAUAUCAGUUCACAAAACAUGUCUGGUCUUUGUUUUCGUUCCAUAAUGUCAUCAUUUGGUUGUUUAGAUUUCCAGAUGUCUCCAGAUUCUCUUAAUGCAUGUGCUGAAUAGAGUAUAAACUAGAUAAAGCCAAUUUCCAUGUUCGUCUCCCAACUGCACCUACUUCAGUUAACACAUUGAUUUGCAAAAUAAUAUGUAUGAUUUAAAGUUCUGUAGUCAUUAUAUUGUAGAAUUUAUCUUAUUGGCAUUUUUUCUUGUUUGGGGAAACAAAAAUGAAAAUGGCAGUGGUAAGCUGCAAAAAUUGGUCCUCAGGAACACUGUAUAUGUGUGUUAAAUAUGUGUAUGGGUAUGGUUGGAUGCGUAGCCUGACAGCUAUUCCUUUGGUCUCAAUCUCAAGUAUGUUUUUACUUGCUUUCUCAUAUUAUUGUUUUGUUUAUCUGAACAUUAGAGCAGAUAGUUCCAAUUGUAAAGUGGUGGGAAUUGUGUUUUGUCUCUUUAAAAAAAAUGUCAGUUACAAGUCUUGAAAAGAAAUACUGCCAUAAAUGUCAAUUGUUUUUGGGUUCAGCGUCUCAAAAUUAAGUUUUGUUGUGUAACUCGUAUAGCCCAGUGGUCUUACAGCACUUUAAAAUGAACAUCUGACAAACUACUAGCUAGAUCGGUCACAUGUAAUGAAACAUCUGAUGAUUUGGUAUAAAUAAUGAAGAAUAGAAUGUAUUCAGGUCUGUUGCACAUUGCCGACACUGGGAUGCCUCACUACAUUUUGAGUAAAUUAUUCAUUUGAAAUAACUACUUGUAUAACAUUUCAGUCAAUGUCUAAAGUGAUUUUCUCUGUGAAACAAGUCACCACAUCAAAAUGAUAAACUAAUCAACUUUGAUAUGCCAAAAAAUCAUGAUUGUAACUAACUAAAUGCAGAAAGUUUUUUUUUUCUUUUCUUUUCUUUUUUUUUUUUUUUUGUAAAAAGAAUGGGGGGUCCUCAAAAGUUGUUUCAUUUGUCAUUUUUCCUGCAGGAGCCAUGCUGCAGUACAUAACUUAAAUUUUUGUUGCUUUAUGUAAACACUGGGGCAAAGUCCUCUUUGUUUUAGCGAAUUGAUGUUUGGUAAUAGUGUACAUGAUAGAAACGGUAUAUUUAAGUCCCAAAUGAUAAAGUGCUUUACUCUUAAGUUUUAUUUCUCCCCUGGCAGUUCUCACCCCACUUCUCACUCUGGACCAUAUCUGUUAUACAACCGAGACAGCAGACAGGGGCAGUGCUCAAAUGCUUAAAGCAUGUUUUGGAAAAGAAAAUUGAACAACAUGAUUUGAAGCUAAUUUAUAUUUCCAUGUGAAAUCUUCAUCUAUGUUUUGCCUUUCAGCAUCAAUAUUAUGAAUUUGAGGAUGAACAAAGACAAAUAUCCCUAAUGACCUCAAGUAAAACAUUGCUGUAAUUGACAUAAUAAAACCUUUUUCAAUUUGG